GGUUUUUCUCCGUCUUUCGCUUCAAAUUGGCGAUUUGGGGUUUCUGAAAAUACAAACCCUAGAAAACUGAAAAUCAGAAUUGAAAGAAUCACUCACUGUAGUGGAAAAACUUCUGCUAAACCCUUAACAGUAUCAGCUGCUUAACAUUGAAUUCGAGGUUGAUAAGACUAGAAGCUCUCAAGAACCAGAUGCCGUCGACAACAAAACCGCGCUCUGCGUCUGUCAACAAUGGCAGAAGGGCAAAUGAAUUUGUGACCGAUGCAGUGGAUGAGAGACUCGAUGGCCAGAGGGCAAAAGAAAUUCUGACUGAUGUGGUGGUUGAAAGAUUCAAUGCUGUUGCUCUAUCUAAGCAGAGAGAUGAAGAUGCUGGCAUACUUGAUGCGGAUGGAGACAGCGACGUGCUAAUUGUGGAAGACCAAACAUUACCCACCGACUCUAAUGAAGGUGCUGGCAUACUUGAUGCGGAUGGAAACAGUAAGUAUAAAACUGUGGAAGAACAAUCAUUACCCUUCAGCUCCGAGAAAGUUGCAGCUUCGUCAGGGAAAAGGAAACACGAUGAAGUCCAAAGACAAGUAUCUGACCCUCACAGUGGGUCUAACAACGCAAACGGUAAUGGCCAAGGCAGCACUUCUAGGCCAUCAAGUACCCGUAUCCCAAUUAUAUUCGACAAGUAUGGACGGCCUUGUGAUUUUGAGUCAGAAGAGUUUGCAACGGAUAUCGGAAGGAUGGUACGUGCACAUUGUCGUCCUGCAUUUGAGUCUUGGAAAAAAGUUCCAUUCAGCAUGAAAGACAAUAUAUGGAAAGAUGUUGUUGCUAGGUAUAUCAUAUCUGGAAUUCACAAGCCUAAUGUUUUUUCAAAAGCUAACAAAGCUUGGAGAACAUGGAGGCAUCAGCUGUGAGUAGAGUUGGAUAAAUAUGAGUCGAUUACUGCGAGAAAAAUAAAUAUCCCGUACCAUUUAAUUACAAACAGAGAAGAUUGGGAAAAUUUUGUUGAUUUCUGCAGUACUAACAAGGAUUUGAAUCGUCGCAAAACUGAUUUUAAAGCUGCGAUGUUUGUUGACACCCAUGGUUCCAAGACUGAAAAUGAUCCUGGAUCAUCCUCCAUCUCAGAUAUUAAAACGGUAUAUGGACGUGAUGCAAGAGUCCAAAACAAUCGAUCUGCGCCACAUACCUAACGUACUUCUAGACGAUCAAAAAAAUCUGCGUCAAACAUACAAAAUUGUACUUCUACGCCGUCAAAUCAAUCUGCGGCUCAGGCACCUGGAGCGUCCAACUUGCCUGCUCGUUCAUGUUUGGCACUCGAUGGGUCCAUCUCGCCUGCUUGUUCAAGUUCGGCAUCUUCUCCGACCAGCUAUAAAUUAUGGUGUCUCAUGCAUUAAGUGCGUUAGUUUUUCUUUUAGGAAAAAAGCAAAUGGUAACACGGUGAGAAAGUCAUUUUGCGUAAAAAUUAGAUUCCUGACUUGACUUUAUUCAAGGUCAACAUAUUUGUUAGCUUAAACACAAAAUUAUAUACCCAUAUUAGAUGCCUAGUCCUAGUUGUAGCCUAAGAAAAGAAAAAUGGUAGUUGUUUUUGACAAUGUUGUCUUGAAUAUUUUGAAUCUGACUUACAUUUGGAUC